AUGAAUCUCACGCGCUAUCCUCGAACGUGGACUGACGGUCUCUCAGUGGACUAUGACCCAAUUGACCAUUUGAACGCGCUUUUCUCACAUCCGUCUACGCUCUCUUCCGUUUCCAGCGUGUCAGCAUCCCUUCAACGCUACCAAGAUGGCCUCGACUCCGAUAUUUCCUCUCUCGUCACGACCCAAACCACGUCCGACUCGGAUAGCGUUCGACGAAUACAAGAUGCGAAGGCCGAACUCGCAGGGCUCUUUGCUAAGAUCGAAGGCGUGCGGGAACGCGCAUUGGAGACAGAACGAACUAUUACGGAAAUGACAGCAGAUAUCAAGAGGCUGGACAGUACAAAGAAGAAUCUCACGCUGUCUAUGACAGCUCUGAAGAGGCUGCAGAUGCUCACGACUGCAUACGAGCAACUCAGAGGACUGAGCGAUACCAGGCAGUACCGAGAGUGCGCGCAUUUGCUCCAAGCUGUGAUACAGCUCAUGGCGCAUUUCAAGAGCUAUAGGAGUAUCGACCAGAUCGCGACAUUGAGCAGGAAUGUUGCAGAUGUGCAGCGUGAACUUCUCGAGCAAGUCUGUGAGGACUUCGAGGUCACAUUCGCGCGUGGUGAGGUACAGCAGAAGAGGAUGAUGUUGAACGAGGCAUGCCAGGUCAUGGAUGCGCUAGGACAUCAUGCGCGAUCGAGGUUGAUAACAUGGUAUUGUAAUACGCAGCUGCGCGAGUACAGACAGGUCUUUAGAGGCAACGACGAGGCCGGAAGUUUGGACAACAUAUCGAGAAGAUACUCUUGGUUCAAUCGCAUGCUCAAGACGUACGACUUGGAACACCACAUGCUCUUCCCGCCAAGCUGGAAGGUCAAUGAGAUGCUGGCAAACGCAUUCUGCGAGAACACCAGGGAUGACUAUAAAGCGAUUCUGCACAAGAGCAUGAGAAGGGCAGACGGACAGCCUCCGGAUGUGAAUCUGUUGCUGUCUUGCUUGCAAGAGACCUUAGACUUCGAGCACAGCUUGGAGCGUCGCUUUUCUGGAGGCGAAUCUAGGAAUUCUAUGGACACAGUCACAUCGAGCGAGGAGAAACGACAUGGUUUCAGCCAAGCCAUUUCAGAAGCAUUUGAGCCCUACCUUAGUAUAUGGGUCGAAUCGCAGGACAGACAAUUGGCCACUCUUAUCCCGAAGUAUCGACAACAAGGUAUUCGAAACGUGGAGGAAGAGUUCCAUGCUCAAUCGGUCGUCAACUCGUCUACGGAGCUUUUUCAUCACUAUCGCGUGACCCUGGCGCAAUGUGCGAAAUUGUCCACCGGAAGCAGACUGGAAGAGCUCUCGAGAACCUUUGCGAAGUAUCUCGAUGCCUACGCGCAACAAGUCCUGUUCUACUUCCUGUCGGAUAAAACUGGCGGGCCAAGCGUGGAAGAUGCAGUCAUUAUCCUGAACACGGCAGAUUACUGCUAUACGACCACGAACCAGCUGGAAGAAAGGAUCAAAGGUCGGAUCGACGAGGAUCUGAGAGAGAAAGUGGACUUGCAGUCUCAAGCAGACACGUUCAUGGGCGUCGCCUCAGCAGCUGUGCGUGCUCUUGUUCACAAAGCCGAAGCAGAUUGCGAACCUGCAUGGCGAGAGAUGCGAUCAAUACCUUGGAGCAAGAUGGAGAUGGUCGGAGAUCAGAGCUCCUAUGUGUCGACGCUUCUCCAGCGCGUCAAAGAUCGCAGCCAGGAUAUUCUGCGAUACUUGCACAAACCCCAGUAUGCGCGAGCAUACUGCGACCAUCUGGUUGACGCUCUCACCAGCUCGUACAUCACCAAUAUCGUUGCAUGUCGUCCAGUCUCCGAGACUGGCUCGGAACAGAUGCUGCUCGACACAUACGUCCUGAAGAAAGGACUUGCAGAAUUAGCAACACUGAACAGUGAGGCCGGUAUACCUGUCAAUGCAGCUUUCGUCAAGCGGGUAAAUCAGAGUACGGCCAAACUCGACCCGAUCCUCAAGACACUACAAGUCCGCUCGUCGCCGCCCGAAGGUCUCGUCCAGGCAUAUCUCAUUCACAUUCGAGAUCGCUCCGAAGCUAAUUUCCGCAAGGUGCUCGAGCUGAAAGGUCUUACAAGGAAGCAGGACCAGAGCCAUCUCAUCGAGCUCUUCAACGCGCACAAGGCCAGCCCUGCGAAUGAAAGCUUGCAGCCUUCCAACCCACUCAUUGCAUCACUCAAUAUGUCGGCACCUGUCCCUUCUGCAAACACCAGUGGUGGUCCUCUCGCUGCUUUGAAGGACGCUUCCUCGCCGUCUCUGCUCGCACCUCCUCGCUUCGACGCCGCGAAUUUUGGAAACACAUUGCUCAAUGCAGCUCGAGAAGCCGGAGACCCAAGUAGAACGGCAAGUCCGCCAGGUGGGAGGGCAAGUCUUGAUGGUGGAACGAGUACAACGACGCUGAACGAGAACUUGCGGAAUAUUGGCAGGUUCUUCAAGAAGGAUGGGGCAGGGUUUGGUGGAUUCGGACGAUAG